UAUGACAGCAGACAUCUGAAAAAAGUUCUUGGAGGAUGUUUAUGCAAACUACCCGUCCUAAGGUAGCUGGAGACGUUUUAUAAUUAGCCCCCAUUCAGCAGUAGAUCGCACACCCUGCAGUGAAGUCACCUACUAAUUCUAGUGAUCUUCAAUACGGUCUAACUGUUUGUUUUGUGACUACAUACAGAUACUAGMGGUUUURCCAGGAUACAACACACCGUUUGAGUAAUCAUGGUCUUGUAACCUCUCAUAUAUCUAAUCUGUGUCCAGUUUGCCUUUCUCCUUGCGGCUGCGAGAUCUUUAAAUAUAAUCUUGAUACGUGAACCAAAUUACUUUUGAUYACAAACUCAGCAUCUUAUCAAAGGCCUGAAGAGCGCAAAAGAUAAAAGAAAUCAAAGAUGAAGUGGUUGACUGGAGGAAUUCAGUCGGUAGUUUGGCUACUCAACGUGGUGGUCUUGCCUCAUUACCCAUGCGCUUCUUUGUCAAAAUUGCGCAAUGCAUCGGAAGCCUACCUUAAUUUCAAAGAUUACUACUCAAACUCAACUAUUCUAUUAAAAACCCUUUUGGAUGGUUAUGAUAGAAGGAUAAGACCUGGCAGCAAAGGUGUUCCAGCCGUGGUCGACGUAGAUAUGUAUGUAUCAAAUAUUUGGGCUAUACAAGAAGUCAAUAUGGACUUUACAAUUGAUAUAUAUUUACGCCAAUAUUGGAAAGACGAAAGACUGAGUUAUGAGGAUUUUUCCACGGAAAGAAUGCUGACAUUGAGUAGCGAUAUCAAUAAGCAAAUAUGGGUGCCUAGCACCUACUUCGUAGGAACUAAGAAAGCUUAUUUUCAUGAUGUCACAACCGAUAAUUACCUCCUUCAAGUCAAGCCUGAUGGAAGCCUGUUCUAUAGCAUAAGAUUAACAAUAACAACAUCKUGUCAAAUGGAUCUCAGGGAUUUUCCACAUGAUACUCAAGAAUGUACACUUGCACUAGAAAGCUAUGGCUACCAGGCAACAGAUGUGCUUUACGCAUGGAAUAAUCGUGUUGAUAACACUUCAGCUAUAUAUCUACAAGAUGAUCUCGAACUACCACAGUUUGAAGUAGUUGGUGUGACGAAAAUUGCUAAAAUGAACAUGUACAACAUAGGUCCRCAUUCAGCUCUUGUAGCAACCUUCAAGAUGAAGCGUAGAAUUGGUUACUUUCUUAUCGAUACUUACAUCCCAUCGACCAUCAUUGUCAUUAUCAGCUGGAUAUCAUUUUGGAUCGACCCUGAGACAGCCCCUGCACGGGUAGCAUUAGGGAUUACUACUGUAUUAACCAUGACCACCUUGAUAUCGAGUGCACGUGCUAACCUACCUAAAGUGAGCUAUGUCAAAGCUAUAGACUGGUAUCUCUUACUUUGCCUUAUUUUCGUGUUUGGAUCUAUACUUGAAUACACUUGCGUUACGUUUUUUAUUGCAAAGAGAAAACGCGCUCAAAAAAGACUGGAAAUCUUGAGAGCAACAAGAWGCUUGCCAAAGAAUAAGGAGCCAAUAGAUAUAGAAAGACCUUUUGGAUCCGAUGUCCUCACAUACAGAGUCCAAAAUAAAAAUGGCACGAAAACGGAUGUUUUGAAUAAGYUAUUUGGRCGAGGAGAGCUGGAACAAUUGAAGGCUGAGACUGAUAGGCAUCGUAAUUCCAUCAGAAAUGCUGAGGGGAGCUUUGCCUUGCGAGUAAAUCCCGCGAUAAUUGACAGUAGCUCUCGCCUACUCUUUCCUUUAUCGUUUUUUGCAUUCAACGUUGUUUAUUGGAUGGUGUAUGGAACAUCGUGACUCGAGAAGCAGAUGUGUCUGAAAAGAAAUAUCAUGCCUGAAAAAUGUUCAAUUCUCGGAAUGCAAGUUACGUCAUCACCGCGCCAUGUUCGAUGAAGAUCACAAAGCAUUCCUGAAUAAUUUCUCUUGUUCAUUCAUCCAACAUGGCGGCGAUAGCUUUGUUCUUUAUUUCUCAGGGGAUUCCUGGUCAUGUGGUUACACACAAAAAUUGGAAUAACACGUUUGCUGAGUAGUACACUCUACUCUACCAUUACGGCAUUCGGAGAUCACGUGAGAUUGCACAACUUGACAUCUCAUAGUUUGCUCAUAGUGCCCGCAAUUGCGUAACGAGGACAUUGGAAUAUGGAGGGGAGAACACACUAAWAGACAUGGGAAAUUCAGACGCUUCUUGUAAUCUUUUGUUUUUGUGUAUAAAUUUAUUAGACAAAGCCUCAAAUUCCCCUAUCCCCGCCUCCUUAUCCCAAUCCGAUGCUAUGCUACUGUGCAUUACCAAAAAAUUUUUACCGAUCUUAACAGAUUAGAGCCGAAUCACCCAGGAGACAUUUGUACAAAGUGUGGAUCCACUACACUAUACAAUCGGCGUUGAAAAAAUCCUUGGACCAUUCCAGCAAAUUUCCUCAAUUUAAGCAACACCCAUAGACAAUUAAAUCCCCCAUAACCCACUAAAUGCAAUGUUAUCAUUGAUCAUGUUACCAUAGUACACAAGCAUCCAAAACAAGACCCUACAUUAAUGAAAGGGGACAAAGGGGAAGAACUUUGAAAAAAUAAAGGAGAAAAAUGUUAGACUGGAGGCAAAUUAUUAUAUGGUUCAAGAUUUUUUUAACGACGAUAAUAGAUUUUGUAGAUUUUAUAGAUGUAGAUUUUGCUUGGGUUUUAAUCCAGUGGAUCAGUAUUAACUCUAGUCACUCCUCGCACAAACAGCUCCUGUCAAAAAUCUAAGAAAGUCUAAAGCAUGCUAUUUGUAAAUAAUAUACUGGAAAACUGUAUAGGGUAAAAGAAUAAAUAAGGUGACAUUCUAAAGUAAAACAUUUAUUUUUAUACGAAAGAAACUAAUCAGAGGAAAGAAGUAGGUCAGGUUAAGGGUUAUAUACGUUGCGAAUGUUAACUUACGAACUUCUUGUAUCUAUACGCUAACUAAAAUGAAUAAAAUAAUGUGAAUGCUA